CGUCAUGCACUGUGUAUUCUGGUACCUUUCCAUCAGAACCAGCAUUAACUUCUUCAGCAGUUUGAGCAACAGUAGAUUAUCUGUUAAAUCAGAUCACAAGGGCCAGCCUUCGCUCCCCACGUCCAUCAAUGAGCCUUGGCCGCCCAUGACCCUGUCGCCAGUUCCUUGGACCACUUUUUGAUAGAUACUGACCUCUGCAGACCGGGAACACCCCACAAGAGCUGCAGUUUUGGAGAUGUUCUGAUCCAGUCGUCAAGCCAUCACAAUUUGGCCCUUCGUCAAACUCGCUCAAAUCCUUACGCUUGUCCAUUUUUCCUGCUUCUAACACAUCAACUUUGAGGACUAAAUGUUCACUUGCUGCCUAAUAUAUCCCCCCCCACUAACAGGUGUUAUAUGUUAUAUGUUAUAUGUUUUUAUUUUUUUUUUACCAGAGACUAGUGUCCAUGUUCAGCAUUAAAUUUCUUUGUCAUGUCAAUAUGAAGCUCAUAUAAAAGUAGACACUCAGCGCUUUAAGAAUUUGUAGCUUUUCUGUUUUUAUCUAGCCUACUAGGGGCAAAAUAUUCACAGGAAUGUUCCAAAAAAACAAAAAGGUUUUCUUUCUCAAACAAAUGUUUCUUUCUUCAAAGUAAAUGUUGAUAUCGAACCCAUUUCUGCUCUCUGAGAUGCUUUGUUCAUAAGCAUGAAAAAUAUGAAGGUGUCAUCUUCAAUCACUCUGUGUAAGAUUAUCUGAACAGAUUUAAACAAAAAAACAAAACCAUCUCACACUGAAAGCCAACAGAGUCCUGACUCAUUUUAUAUCAGCCACAGCGCUAAAAUAAUCCAUUUGUAUAUACAGAUUGAAGAUAAGUCGAUUUCCAUUCUGCCAGCAAUACUGAUGAAAAGGAUUAACUCGGAAAAGGUUUUUGUCUCAUACGUUUUUGUUUCCUGAUCGUGAAACCAUACACACAUGCUGUUUGUGGAUCACUCAGUGGAUACAUACAGUUUUAUGAAAUUGAAAAGGUGUGUUUCAAGGCCUAAGGCACGUGUAGUAAAUGUCUAAGAGCCACUUACCUAACAGUGCUGAGGCACAGUCAUCAUCACCAAGGAUAAAGUGUGGAUGAGGUGGAAGUGUGUUGAUGAAGACACUCUGGGCUUGAAGUAGAACGUCAGCCCUGACAGCAUUUUAGAAAAAAAAAAAUAGCAUUCAAGCAAAGAGGAAGUGGAGUUAAAUGCUCUAUAUGGAGUACCAUGUUCUCUUUCAUUAAAAAAACACAUUUCCACAAUAAACCUCUGCUGAUAAACUUUCUUAAAGGUUAAACAUGACAGUUCACAUAAAAAUUGUUCAAAUCAAUGCAAAUCAAAUAUCUGAAAAUUUCUACCUUGGAAAAAAUCGACUUUUCUACCUAUCUUUGUUUAUUAUUGUUUGGUAACUAGUAUAAUGGCGUUUGUUUGUUGAUACCUUUCAAUAUUAGCUAGCUCUUGAUGGCAGAUUUGGGCAUAUUCUCUAUGUUUGGCUAGUUUAAUCAAUCUGUGAUUUGUGGGAAAUGAUGAAUUAAAUAAACAAUAAAUCAGAUUUUGUUCUGCACAAUCUGGAAGUCACUAAUAAUAGUCUCUCCUCAUAAAACACGUUUUGCAAGCAACGUUUACACAUUAUACACACGGAUCAGGCAUAACAUUAUGAUAUUGUGUUGAGGCAUGGACUCAACUAGAUCCCCUGAAGGUGUGCUGGCACCAAGAUGUUAACAGCAGAUCCUGGAGGCCCCAACUCUCAACUUACAGGACUUACAGGAUACUUUUGAUAGAUACUGACCACUGCAGACCGGGAACACCCCACAAGAGCUGCAGUUUUGGAGAUGCUCUGAUCCAGUGGUCUAGCCAUCACAAUUUGGCCCUUGUCCAACUUGCUCAAAUCCUUACGCUUGCCCAUUUUUCCUGCUUCUAACACAUCAACUUUGAGGACAAAAUGUUCACUUAGGUGGUACUAGUUGGUAAUAUCAUCUAGUAUCAGAUAUCAAGCAAGACCCUUUUGAGUCUGGUUCCUCUAAAGGUUUCUUCCUCAUAUCAUCUCAGGACCUCUCCAACAUCACUUCUAGCUUGCAGAAAUAUACAUUAAAACCUUAUCCACUGUUUUUAUAUUAUUGUUUGUUUUUGUUUAGCUUGAAUUGGAAGACCUCUCACUGUUUAUGAUCCACAAGCUUUAUUCCUGCUUGUUGCUACCUUGUCUCCUACGACUUGACCCAGAUAUCAUUCUCUGGCUGUGGAGGAGCAACAUGAUUCUGACUGCCUAAGAAUUUUAUGCAUCUGAUUUAAUCCCUCAGGCUGUCACAUGCUCCCUCAGCCUUGUGUCCAAACUUUCUUACGCAGCCAAGGUCAGGAUGGAGAAACAGUUACUGUUACAGUAAACAACUGCACAUUUGCAUUGACCAGUUCUUAAAGACGUUUCAGUUAUGGAACUGCUGAAGUAUUAUCAGCACUGCUUGGUAUUAAAAUCUUUUGCAAGCAUUACUCACUGCCGAGAAUGAGUCUAAGGAACGAGGAGCUGGCCUUAAUUCGAGCGUAACUCACAAUAAUGUUGAACUUAUGCAAAAACGAAAACCUAAAACACAUCCGAUGACUUAAGAUGACUUUAGAAAGUCGAUCAGAAGCUGUCCAUAAUUUCGAAGUCUCAUCUCAAGGUAAAAAUAGCGUCCUGCUUGGUAUGUGAGGGGGUUCGACAGAGCUCCAGUCACACAGACUUGUCUAGUAUUAGAAAAGGAGAGCAGAAGAGAACACACCAUCAAUAAACUGACUGGAGUUUGGGGUUGUUGUUUUUUUCUACCACGUACUGGACAGCUACUUCUUAUACUGCAACAGUUUGUUUUGUUUUUUUUUUGCAGGAGGAAUACAGAAUGAGGAGAAAGUGAACUCCAAAUAAAUAAGAGGUGAAGGCUAGUCAUGGCUUAGCUUUGUCCUUUAUGCAACUUGCCAGCGUCCUUGAAAACAGCGAGAAGAUGAAAAAGAGACAGCAAAAAAAAAGAGUUAAGUGAGUAAUGAAAGCAGCAGAAAAGACAUGAAUGACAUGGAAGAAGACCAAAAACUUGAAGAAGACAGCAAGUGGACAAGACAUCUGAAGAUAUUACAGGAAAGUGACCAGCAAAUGGAAAGAUCUGAGAGUUGUAAUGUUCUGCAUCAUCCUACUGGUGAUGAUGAUGAUGAAGAUGUUGAUGAUGACAUGCAGCAGUUUGAGAACACAUCCUUUGCUAGUGAUGAUGAUGAAGAUGAAAGUGAAACCAGUGAAGAAUAUGACGAAUAUCCAGAAAAGCUAUACUGCCACCCAACCUUCCCAAACAGUGUUUUCCAAACUUUGGAAGAAAUGAAACAAUUGACCUUCCUCACUGAUCUUACUGUAAGAACUCAAAACAAGGGUUGUUUCCAUGCUCACUCUUUAGUCCUGGCUGCCAUGAGCUCCCUCGUCCAGCAGAUGCUCAAACAAGCGAAUGAACAGAACGAGAGAGAGAUAUGUUUAUGUGUUGGUCCAGAAGUAUCUGAUUUCGGCCUGAAUGCAGUGUUGGAGUUUGCCUACACUGGAACCAUCUCUGAUUUGAACAGAGGAUCUUUACCUCAGAUUCAAACUGCUGCUCUGUAUCUGGGAGUUCCCAGGGUUUUGAAGCUCUGCAAAGAAGAAGAGGAAAGGGAGAGAAAGAAAGAUGGUGAGAGGAAGACGGAAGAUAGUUGGAUCUCUGCUGAAGAGGAGAAGAAGGUCAGCUUGCAGUCCAUCAGGCAGCUGUGGGAAGAGAGAGUGGGCUGUGAUGUGGAGGUGGAGGCGGAAGGAAGAAUAUUUAGUGCACACAGGGUCAUUCUGAGUGCCAGCAGUGACUACUUCCGUGCCAUGUUCGGCAGCGGUAUGAAGGAGACCCACCAGACCUCAGUGUCCCUGCUAAUGAUGAGAGCAAAUGAACUAGAAGCCCUUCUUCACUGCUGCUACAGCGGACAUCUGUUUCUCGAUUGGGGCUGUGUUUUCGAACUCACCUCCACUGCUCUUCAGUUCCAAUUCCAACCUGCUCUGUCCAUCUGUCUCAACUUUAUGCAGGAGGAAAUGGAUGCAUACAGAUGUCUGGAUGUAGCUUCUUUUGCUGAGGCUUAUGAAAUGAGUGACUUGCUGGAAAUGGCUGAAGACUUUAUGCUUAGGCAUUUUGAGGACGUAGCAGCUACUGUGAAAUUUCAGGACCUGUCUGUGGAAAAGCUAAAGACAUAUCUGCGUAGCAACUGCUUAUGCGUAACGUCAGAGUUGUCUGUUUUCAGAGCGGUCGUAUCUUGGAUCGAGGCCGAUCCGAGAACCAGGGUGAAAGAAGCCAGGGAUCUAAUGAGAACUGUCCUAUUUCCUCUCAUGACCUUUACGGAAUUCAGAGAAGUGAAGGUUAUAAUGUCAUGGCCACAAGUCAGCAAUAGGGAUCUUUACGAGUCGCUGUUUAAAGAGUUUUGCACCAACACCUUUAAUUCCCAUUCAGACUUUAGGACCUACCUUCCUAAAGAAACGUUGGUGCUUGUUGGUGGUGAAAGAAUCACCGAAAACCUUGAUAAACGCUUACCUUGUAGGGAAAUAUGGUUCAGCAACUCUUUCCGUAAUCAUGUUGGCCUACUGAAAAAAGUCGAAUGGAGAAAACUGGGAGAUUUACCAGAGAAACCAAGAUUCUGUCAUAGAGUUCGAGUAAUAAGCGGGAAACUAUACGUAGUUGGUGGUCGACAUUAUUAUGGAAGGGAUGACACUAUGAAAUGUGCCUAUAGGUACGAUCCUAUCCAAAACAGUUGGCAAAGGUUGGCUGAUAUGAAUGAAAGAAGGGGAAACUUUGUUCUUGUGGUUUUGGAUGGAAAAAUGUUUGCCGUAGGUGGAGACAAAGAUUCAGAGAUCAACACAGGAAGUGUAGAAGUCUACUGUCCUGUUACAGAUACUUGGAGCUUUGCUCACCCUCUGGACCAAUCCUUAAGUGGUCACGCUGCCAGUGUUUGGAAUGAAAAGAUUUUCAUCUCAGGAGGCUUUGACAGUAGAUUCCAUUGCUUGGCAUCCAUGCUGGUCUACCAUCCAGAGAAAGGCUCCACAUACCUCGUAGACAUGAUGCAGAAUUGUGCUCAACACUGCAUGGAGACUUUGAAAGACUGCCUGUAUGUAGCUGGUGGAGUCUCAGGUGUGGGUGGUCAGUUAUUUGACCAGCUAGCCUGUGAGUUCUUUGACCCAGUUAACGAUUGCUGGUGUGCCAUUACGCCCAUGUCUUUGCCUCAUGUCUGUGCAGCAUCUGCAGUGUUGGAAGGAAAGAUUUAUAUCAUUGGUGGCUAUUGCCAUGAAGACUAUAGUGACACAAAAGUGGUCCAUAGGUUUGAUCCUGUAAUGCAACACUGGGAGAACUUGUGUGGAACCCCUGGCGCUAACUCGUAUAUCGCUGCUUGUGUACUGGCUUUACCUCGUCACCUUAGACAAUAAAAACUUUUGCCUUCAUCAGCUCUAUAACUUACUGUGGUUUAUAUGUAGAAACAUAAACUGUCAGAUAAGAUUUUCUCCAACCAAUAAUCUCCCGAAUGCAUUUCUUUAAUGUAACAUUUUUUGUUGCAUAACCAUCUUUGUACAAUCCCUGGAAACACCUUUAUAUUCAAAUUCGUAUUUUCUUCUCACAAUAAAGGUAUAUCCAAUGGCACAUCACUCAUAGUCUCCUAAAUGCAUAUCUUGCAGGUUGUGAAGAAGUACAGUGUCUGAUUAUGGUGCAUUUACACAUAGACUUCAGUGACUAAGCUACUUGUCAUAUACUGUGGUCUGGUGUGGGAUGUUGGCACUCAGUGUUGGCCACUGGACAGAGUUUAACCUUACAGAAUGAAGCUGAAUGUUUUAGUGGGGAUUUAGUGUGUGAUCUAAGUCUUGUUUGAGCAUCUUCACAUGGAUAAUCAGUGUCCCUAAUGAGCGAGCCAGGGGUGAUGGUGGUGGGGAAAAAUUUCCUGAGACAAUAUGAGGAAGAAACCUUGAGAGGAACCAGACUCUAAAUGGAGCCCAUCCUCAUCCGGGAUCAGUAGCAGUGUACUAUAAAGUCAAGUGUAAAUGUGUAACCAGAAUCUUUUGACCAAGUUAUGAAUAAGAGCAUCAGCAUAAUUUAUGGAUUUUUUCUAGUUUUAACAUUCUGUUGAAGUUAUAUACUGUUUACUGAUGGAGACUUAAUCUGAUCCUGGCAAUUGUAGUCCAAAGCCAUCUCCAUGCUUUCUAAGUGGUACCAUCCAUGGCAAUCUCCAUGGGAUUAGGGUUAGGUUAGGAUUGUAGUGUAUCUUGAGCUUAUCCUAUCCACUUGCACUAUCACUGGUGGUUGCAACUCAAGUGGUUAAGGCUGUUGGUUUGUUGAUCCGGGGUUCAAACCCCAGCACUGCCAAGCUGCCACGGUUGGGGCCCUGAGCAAGGCCCUCAAUUCCCCCUGCUCCAGAGAUGCUGCAUCAUGCCUGACCCUGUGCUCUGACACCGACCCUCUAAGAAUGGGGUGUGCAAAGAAAGAAUUUCACUCUGCAGUAAUGUAUAUGUGACAAAAAUGUUCAGGAUAGGACACUCAUUCACAAUUUAGUAUCUCCAAUCUACCUACUGGCAUAUUUUUGGUACAGAAAACCAGAGAACCCAGUGGAAGGCCACAUAAACACAGACAGAAAAAAGGAAAACUUCACACAGUCACCUGAAUUCAAGAUCAAACCACUUGUGGAACUAAGUCUUAGUACAGUAUUUCUUUUUUAAGUCAUUAAACAAUUCAUAAUUCACUUUCUUUAUUAGAUUUACAGCGCAGUAUAAUUCACAGCAGUUCCAGUGAUGGUACUAUAUUAUGCAUGAAACAUUUAAUAUAGCAAACAUGCAUCAUUAUACUGACUAAAA